UCUGGUGGAACUGGGGUGGAAUAAGUGACCGCGGAGCCGCUGUCGCUGGGGGAAAAGGAAGUGAAACGCGCAGAGAAGGGUGGAGAGCGCCAGAGAAAGGGAGCCGGAGGGGGCCCACUCAAGUUGGGGGCCAGAGAGAUCUAGAGGACGAUCCCAAGGGCAGGUGCAUGGGUCCUGACCUCACUUAGGAAGACCCCUGGAUCCGGGACCCCUUCCCCAGCGAGGCGUUGCCCAUGACAAGGACAUGCUCACAGCCCAGCUCACUCCAAGGGACAGGUGAGUCUUUCUUGCUCCCAGAACCGGAGCCAGGAAAACUCCAGGAAGCAGCAGUGCCUGAGAACAGAGGAUGAAACUGGGACCCUAAAACUCCUAGACUCCUGCUCUGCCUGAGCAACAGAAAGAUUUAACCUCUAGAGAAUUAAACCAGACCUUCAACAUGAAGAUUUUAUUCAUAGAACCUGCUAUUUUCCUUAGUGCAUUUGCUUUUACUUUGACCAGCCCAUUGACAACACAAUAUAUUUAUCAGAGAAUAUGGAAAGAGACAAGCAACUAUAGCUAUAUAGAAAGUAGCAAUAUUUCUGAAUGUGAAACAAACAAAAGCAAUCCAAUUUAUGGACUCCAAAAGGAAGUUCAAAAAAAAACCUCUUUAUUUAGUCUUCAAAUAGACUUAAGUGGAUUGAUUCCUGGCAUUGUGGUUACCUUCAUUCUUUUAUCCAACAGUGAUCAAAAAGGACGCAAAGGGCCUCUGAUUUUGCCUUCUAUAGGUGCUCUUUCAAGCAACAUUUGGCUUUGUUUGCUCUCAUAUUUGGACUUACCUAUCGAAUUUCUGAUAGUAUCCUCCUUUAUUACUGCAUUUUGUGGUAAUACAACAACCUUUUUGGGAGGAUGCUUUGCUUACAUAGUUGACCAAUGUAAAGAAGAGAAACAGAAAACUUUAAGGAUAGCCAUCAUUGACUUAAUACUUGGACUUGUUACUGGUCUAACAGGACUGUCUUCUGGCUACUUCAUCCGAGAAGUUGGUUUCGUGUGGUCAUUUUUUAUUAUUUCACUGGCUCUAGCCACUAACUUGAUAUAUAUUGUAUUUUUUCUUGAGGAUUCAAUUAGCGAUUCUUCAUCUAAGGAUUCUUCCUUGUCAUGGGGUAAAAAAUUUAAAAAAUUAUUUUUGAGAGCUUAUACGCUCUUUAAAAAUGUUUCUUACAAACAAAGGGCUUUGCUCUGUUUGCUACUUUUUACAAUGACCACUUAUUUCUUUGUAGUAAUUGGUUCAUCUCCUAUAUUUAUCCUUUAUGAGCUGAAUUCACCUCUCUGCUGGGAUGAAGUCUUCAUAGGUUAUGGCUCAGCCUUAGCAAGUGUAUCUUUCUUGACUAGUUUUCUAGGGAUAUGGCUUUUUUCUUACUAUCUUAAAGAUAUUUACAUUGUCUUCAUUGGAAUUUGUACCACCACUGGAGGAAUGGUAUUGGUCACUUUUGCCAGAAACACACUGAUGAUGUUGUUAGCGAGGAUCCCUUUCCUUUUUACCUUCAUGCCUUUGUCUGUCCUUCGGUCCAUGUUAUCCAAAGUGGUUCCUCCUACUGAACAAGGGACCCUGUUUGCCUGCAUUGCUUUCUUAGAGACGCUCAUUGGAAUCACUGCAGUUUCUGCCUUCAAUGGCAUUUAUUCAGCUACCGUUGCUUGGUUUUCGGGCUUCACGUUUCUGCUCUCAGCUGGUCUUUUGUUAAUUCCAGCAAUCAGUCUAAGUAUUAUAAUGUUUACUAAAUGGAAUGAAGACCAUGCUCUCCUCAUACAUGAAGAAUCCAGAGAAGACAUAUAGACAACUGAGCCAUUAUGUUUUACUUAUUAGCACUGUGGUAUGCUCUGCCUCUUGCCAAAUGAAAUGAUGGAGCAUAUGGCUUCUAUCACACUAUUAACUAAUUCACUGUUAACUAGAAAUAAGUCCCUGCUGACCAGGGACCAUGUUUUCUUUUUGCACUAACUUCUAUAGAAUGCUAUCUAUGCAUAUUGAACACUUAGUGUUAGAGUGGUGAUGUUCAUAAUGAUACAGUAAUACCAAUAUGGAGAUGGAAUUUUUCAAAAUGCUACUUUUCUUUCUUAACAUUUAAUAAAAGGGGUACAAAAUAGAAGGGCCCAGAGAAGCCACCAAAACCCAGAAGCUGUGAAUUCCAAAUCUUUGGUGUCAGUGUUCACCUCCUGAACAAAAUACAUGCCAUCUCUCUAACUUGGACUUAAUAUAUGUUGUAGCUCAUAAGGCAACCAGCCCUACCUCUCAGGGAUGUUUACGAUGAAUAAUUAAGAGAAAUUAAAAAAAAAAAAAACUGAUGUAGCAGCAUCCAGUGCCUGGAAUGAUGCUUUGCACUUAAAGAGGUCUUAAUGUAUUUAUUAUCUUUAUUGGCAGUUACCACCAUUUGGAAGAGGAUCACCCCUAAUAUUAGCUGCCUUUCUUUGUGUGAUGGCUAACCCAAAUUUGGUUGAGAAGUCCAAAAUUAUGAACCUCCAAAAGACUUGAGUACCAUGGGCUUUUUUAAUCAUAAAUUUUUUUACAGGAAAAGAAAUUUAUAUGAAGACGAGUCUUCUUGACUUUCUGAUGUUAGGUCUGGCAUUCUAUCUAGAUGUUCCACCUAGAUGAUGCCCUAUAUCAUUAAAAAUUUUUUCUAGUUUAUUUUAUCAAAGUUAAUCUUGAUAAUAUUUCUAUUUUUGCAUAUAGCGAUGGCUUGAAAAUGGGAAUGUGGGCUUAUAAAAUCCAUUUUUAAGUGUUAUAAAAAUAAAUCAAAAACAAUGUGAAUCAA